GCGUCCCGGCGCCAGCCGCCACUUCCGGCGCGACCGCUUGCCGCUGGGCGCCCCACGGAGCCGAGCGUCCGCGGCCGCCGGACCCGCCAUGGAGCGCCUCGACAAAGCGGCACUAAACGCGCUGCAGCCGCCCGACGUCAGAAAUGAAAGUUCAUUAGCAUCUACCCUGAAGACGCUCCUGUUCUUCACCGCUUUAAUGAUCACUGUUCCCAUUGGGUUAUAUUUCACGACUAAGUCUUAUGUAUUUGAAGGCGCCUUUGGGAUGUCCGCUAGGGACAGCUAUUUCUAUGCCGCUAUUGUUGCUGUGGUCGCCGUCCACGUGGUGCUGGCUCUCUUCGUUUACGUGGCCUGGAGUGAAGGGUCACGGCAGUGGCGAGAAGGCAAACAGGAUUAAUGUCAACAUCACGUUUUGCUAGUAUUAAAUUGAUUUUUUUACAAUGGUAGACGCUUCUGGGGUAGUCAUGAUUUCAAUAAAGUUGAAAGAACACGUUCAAAUCAAUCUCAAGGAGUCACAUUUGACAAGUAUAAAUGUUGAUCCUACUAAUACAAUGUUUUGUAUUAUCAGUUUUAACUGUAUGAACCUCUUAUUUACAGAUGAGAGUUUGGGAGUUUAAAGUGGUUGCAAAUAAGUGUCAACUUAGUUAACAUUGUGCUUGGAAGAAUUGAAGUAUCUUAAAAUUUGUCUCAUAGCAUCUGGCCUUCUGGUUAGUUUUGAACAUUACUCCUCUAGUUAAAUUAAGAUGUAUGUAUUCAGCGAACCCAGUCCGAACUGGGUUCUGGAAUAUUUUGUCUAACUAUUAUGAAAAUAGCAGGCCACAGGAUUUUCCCUUGUGAAUUCCUAUGGAAAAUUGUUCUGUGAAUUAAUCUGAAUGUCACUGAUAGAUUUUUCAUGAAUUGUAAUCCCUGGACUCCAUUUCUUUAUUUCCUGGGGCAGCCAUGCUGAGUCAUACCCAUUGCUGUGAUGGGAUGGUUUUCUGGGGAAUCGAGGUUUUGAGGCCGGGAAUCAGCCCCCAGUUCCUCAGCCUGCUCUCCGAACGUCCCGGCGGGUGGGCUGGGGAGAUACUACAGCAGGUAAGCUGGUUGCCUUGCUUGCAGCCGACUUGCAUUCGAUCCCCAGCACUCCAUGUGGUUCCCGCAAGCACCACCAGUCGUAAUUCCUGAGUAUAGAGCCGGGAGUAAACCAUCACUGGAUAUGGCCAGAAACCAGGAAAAAGGCCCCUUGCAGGACAGCCUUGUCCUUUAUACCAAUUCUGCCGAUCUCCUUUGAUCUGUCGUUCAAAAAGACCGUGUGAUUUUUAGGUUAGUAUUCAGCUGGUGUUCUCUCCAGCCUCUUGAUACUUCUUGUAUGCCAUCCCAAACACUCCUGGAAGAUUGCAAACUGAAGCGGGAAGAAAACUUUCAGAUCUCUGUCCGUUGUCGCCAGGAGAUAACUACUACUGUGGUUGACAUCCAGUGUGCGUGUCCUGGGGGUAGUCUAAUACUCACUGAAAAUCCGGUUUAAGAUCACAUUCUGCCAGCCUCACCUGCAUCUUUUCACUUGAGUGCUUGGUGGUCAUUUACUCAGCAACAGCACCUGCUUUCAUUCUUUUAACUAGAAAUGUUAAAGUAUUCCGUUAGUGAGAAUUCCCAUGGAACUGCCCAUCUGUGUUUGCCAUUACUGAUUGAUUUGUUCACCCCUAUUUUUGAUGUUGUGGAACUGGACUAAAAUAUAGAGAGCUAUUAUUAUGACAAAACCAGGAGAUAUUUGUAUAUAUUGCUGAGAAAAAAUAUGCUUAUUGUCGGAUUAUUUUUUAUUCUUAUAGAUAAAAGUAAUCUACAGGUCAAAUCUCUUCUUUGAGUAGCUACUCUAAGUAUAAAGUGUUUUCUUAAGACAAUUUUAGCAUAAAGUUGUACAAAUUUAACAUUGUAGAAUAUCCCUAUUUGAAUUCUGGAUAGUGUAGUAGAUUUCUUAGGUGAUUCCUUCUUCAGAUGCCUUGUCAUGCCUAGAAUUGUUCACCUGUUUUCUUUUUCUAUAUUGUUAAGAUUUUUCUUGUAAUUUGGGGAUACUGGGCAAUUUAUAAAGUAUUAAUGCCCAUUAUUGGAUUAUUUUGUUUUCAGACAUUUGCUAUGUAGAUAUGAUAUGGGUAUUUUCCUGCAAGUGUUUAAAUCGGGACUACACACAAAAUCAGUUGUAAUUUCCUCUCAGAAAAACAUGCCAACAGUUUGUAAGCUGGGAUUGGAUGUUAGGAUUACUGUAGCACUGUCGUCCCGGCGUUCAUCGAUUUGCUCGAGCGGGCACCAGUAACGUCUCACAACAAAUUGUGAGACUUGUAAGAUUAGUAGAAUAUAGGUCUGCCUUUAAGCCAGUUAAUUUACUCCUAUGGGUUUAACUGUUAAUUUACUUGUUUGUUCUGUUGAAACAACAUAUGAUAUUGGCUAAACAGGUUUAUUUUUUGUGAUGUUUCAUUUCCUCUUGCACCGUGUACAUACUUCAGGAUGUACAGAAAGAAAUGUUCGAUUUGGGCCCUGAGACAAAUUUGAAGAUGUGACUAUAUUCACUGUUGUUUGAAAGCUACUAUGAGAAUAAUGUCAGAAAGUAGAGCUUGAAAUGUCAGUAUGAGGUACUGACUUCACUCUGUUUCACCUAACACAUCGCCUUUCUCACCUCAGUUCUCAUUUUGCCCUCAGAGUAUAAUCAUUUUCCCCAUUGUGCUCGAAGAUAAUAAGUCUGCUGUAGAAUGCAUCUGAUGUCAUUAGCUUGUCAAGUGGGUACCAUUUUACAUGUAAUAGCAGGAUUCAGUUUUGAAUUUGAAUAAGCCUUUAUUGGGGGAAAACAGGCCCGUUUCAUGGAAAUCUAACAUACUUUUUAUGCUAACAAAUGCAUUGUAAUAAUUCAGGACAAAUUUGGAGAUAUGAACUUAAUCUGCAGUUUUCAUAAAAAAUCUCAGAAUCUUUUCCAAAACAGGCAGCUGAUUGGUAUUUAUUUUCCAUUUCCAAACUUUUUCUAUACAGCUAGAGUACCCAUAGAAACCCAGAGAAACAACUAAAUACGGUGUCCCCAAGGAUAGCUGUGACACGGCACGUGAAGUAAAACAGUUUGGAGCUUAAGGCUGAUGUAUCUGUAUUUCUCCCUAGACAAGCUCCUGUUUAUUGUUUCACUUGUGCUUAAGUUGGCUUGUAGAAUCUUGUUACGCCCAUUGUAAAAAUGGUUGAUUCCUGUAUUUUGUCCCAGUUUGUCCCUUUUCUUAGGUCAGUAGUUCAUUUCUCUGCGGUCAGGCACCCUUUGUCUUCCCCAGGCUCUACCCUUAAAUUCAGGCUCUCCUCUUACAUGUCAGAGUUCUUAUAAGAACUGGCCUGAAGCAUCAUCUUCACUUUUUUUAAUUCUAUUUUUAUGAAGUUGUUCACAAUAAUUGAUUACAUUCAAUAUUCCAACACCAGUUCCACCGCCAUUAUUUUGAAUUUUCCCACUCCAACCUGCCCCAAAGGCAGAUCUUAAAUAAUUUAUUUUGUAUAGCUUGUUAUGAAUAAUCCACUAAAAAUGAUUCAGAAAGGUUUCCUUAGAGAAAAGUGUUGAAAAUCGUUGUAUCUCACCUUGGAGCAAUUAAGCCCCUGUAUGAGAGAUCACUAACAUGUUACAAGUUGAGUCUUGUGUGCUAAUAUUAUAUAUUCUUUGGAUCAAGAUUGGUUGCCUUCUGCUUUACACCUCACCAAACGUACAUCAGUGGCAUCAAGUAGGAGAUUUCGCUCCAGGAAAUCUAAAAUUUUAAAUAGGGUGAUAGAGCUGGAGUUAAAAUGUUUUUAACUGGAUGGUGAUUUGGGGGUCUGGAAGCAGCUCUUCAGCGUGUUGCUCUCUUCUGAGAUUUAUUUGUGAGUUUCUGGAUUAUGCCCGUUAAUGAGCUUACAUGGCGCCCAGAGGCAGUUGGUGGGCAUAACAACUUUCAACAAGAUCUUGUCUUUUAGGGGUAAAGGACUUCCAGAGAAAAAUACUUUUUAGGGAUCCUGGGAAAUUAACAUAUAAUAUGUGACCUGCAUAAGAUUUUAUAUGCUUAUUAGAACAGUCCAAAAUUCCUGGACUUUUCACUCCUGGCCACACUUUCCUUGCCUGUUUUAUUGCUACUCAUACUUGAAAGUAAUAUCUAUUCCUUAUAAGCUGUUUUCUAAGUCAUAUUUGUCAGUUACACAGAAUAAUUUUCUUUUUUUUAAGUUCAGUGAAAUCUCACCGAACAGUAAGAAUAGCAAUAGCUAACAACAUCUGCACAGCACCUUACAGUUUGCAAAGAAAGUUCACAUGCUCUUUUUUGAGUUUUGCAUAGUGAACCUGUUACGAGAUGUCUCUUGACAUCGAUGCUGAAAAGUUGUAGGAUUUUGAAAUCGCUCGAGCCGUGGAAUGCGCUGUAGUCAUGAGCAGAGCCCUGAGUACGGGCGGCCUUUAGAAGCGCCCCAUUUAAAGCCGUGUAAUUAUCAAAAUGGGAAGCUGGAGCUCUGUAGUCACCUGAACCAGAUUUCCUGUUGCAAGUGAUGCUUUUCUAACCAUUAUCUGGAUUGAUUUUGUAUUCAUUAUAUUCUAUCCUGUGAUUUGUAUCAAUUAACCAUCUGUUGUCAUUAAAGUUUGUUCAUAACGCUA